AAAAAAAAAGGGGGGGGGGGAGCCAAGAGCAGAGAAAAGCGGACUUUAGGGAGAGUGGGCUUGGGGAAAUCCAAUGUGAGGAGGGGUGGGGCCCAGGCAGUUACGUAUUAGCUGAGGGGGGUGGCUUAGGUGGGGCUAAGAGGCGGGGCCUUUGUGUAUCUCUGGUUAGGGGCGGAGCUAUGUGAAUUGAAGUGAGGAGUGGGGCUUCUAGUUAAAGAAAAAGGUGGGAUCUGAGUGGGCCAGGAGGUGGGGGAAUUCUCCUGGGAACUGACCUGAGUCGCCAUCUAGGAAAGGAAUGGGGCCUAAAGGAAAUAUUUUAGAGAACGUCGCAUGGCUGGAGGAAAAUUCCCCUGGGAAUGAGGGGGUUCGAGGUCCUCCACCUUUGCCUCCGUGCCUGUCUCCAUCGAGCUGAGCAACCUCCGGAGCCUCCUCCCUGCCUUCGGUGCAGCCUCCAUUGCCAUCGGUCCCCAGUGCCUGUGCCUCAGCCAUGUCACUCCUGGCGACCCUGGGGCUCGAGCUGGACAGAGCCGUGCUCCCAGCUAGCGGACUGGGCUGGCUCGUAGACUAUGGGAAACUCCCCCUGGCCCCUGCCCCCCUGGCCCCCUAUGAGGUCCUUGGGGGAGCCCUGGAGGGCGGGCUCCCAGGGGGAGGAGAGCCCCUGGCAGGUGAUGGCUUCUCAGACUGGAUGACAGAGCGAGUUGACUUCACGGCCCUCCUCCCUCUGGAGCCCCCCCUGCCCCCAGGCGCCCUCCCCCCACCUUCCCCGCCCACCGCUGACCUGGAAGCCAUGGCCUCCCUGCUCAAAAAGGAGCUGGAGCAGAUGGAAGAUUUCUUCCUGGACGCCCCGCUCCUCCCGCCACCCUCCCCGCCGCCGCCGCCGCCCCCAGCCCCCUCCCUCCCCCUCCCUCCCUUUGACCUCCCCCAGCCCUCGGCCCUGGAUACCCUCGACCUGCUGGCCAUCUACUGCCGCGGCGAGGGCGGGCAGGGGGGGGACGCGGGUGUGGGACCCCUGCCCGCCCCCCCGCAGCCCCCCGCGCCGCAGCCUGCUCGCCCCGCCCCCUACCCCAACCCCGCCACCGCCCGAGGGGACCGCAAGCAGAAGAAGCGGGACCAGAACAAGUCGGCGGCUCUGAGGUACCGCCAGAGGAAGCGGGCGGAAGGCGAGGCCUUGGAGGGCGAGUGCCAGGGGCUGGAGGCGCGGAACCGGGAGCUGAGGGAGCGGGCCGAGUCAGUGGAGCGGGAGAUCCAAUACGUGAAGGACUUGCUCAUCGAGGUGUACAAGGCGCGCAGUCAGCGCACACGCAGCAGCUAGGGGCGGGGUCUGGGGCCUGGGCACUCGGCGGCCCUCAGCUUCCGAGCUGGGAUGGUAGGUCCCUCGACCUUGUCAGUGUCUUCCCAAACCCUCCUGAUUUUAUCCUUUUAUCCUCUUUUUGCCUUUUUGAAUUUUACCCUCUCCCACCCCAAUCAGUGAUGUUCGGCCUUAGUGAACAGCUGCAUCCCUCCGGUACAGCUGGGAACUCGAAGCAGGGAGCCCUGGUCUCCCCACUUUCACAUGUGGCUUCGUGGUUCUCCUGUGGAGGUGGUCCUGGCUGGAGUGGCCGCAGGGCAGGGGAGAGAAGUGAGCCAGGAAGCCACGUAAGGAUGACUAGGCAAAUGAGCACCUAAGUCAGGCACGGUUUUAAGGCAGGGACCAAUGUAAUAUAAGUGAAAAAGCAAGAUAAGUGUCCUUGGGAUCUGUGUGGGGAGGAAGGGGAGUGGCCUUAGUUGGAGACGGGUAUCAGUUUAGCUCUGGGAGAAAAUCAGUGAUGUCUGAAGGUGUUGGGGGUGGGGCUGCAGCUAGGUGGGGAGGGGACUUUUCUGGGUUGUGAGCGGAAAUAAAAUGCAGAAUUUCCUCUGG